AUGACUCGAGAGUCGGGAAUAUAAUGAUGGAUGUUGAUUAGAUUUAUAUAAGAAGUCAGAGUAUAACUGCUUCUCUCACUUACUUCUCAAUAUGGCUCGGAUCAGAACAGACUGGCAUGUCUGCAAGAACAUGUCCAUCACUGUCUUCCUCCCUUUGUUGCUAGCUUUAGUUAUUGUUUCGGCUCAAGCAGGAGUCCCAAGCGACACAUCUGGUUCGAACCAAACAGACCCAUUCUCUGAUUUUCUGGUCAAAGCCGUGGAUUUCUUAUGGAUCCCUGGUCGUUCUGGUUAUCACCAUGUCUGGCCGGAAAUGAAAUUUGGAUGGCCAAUUAUUGUUGGGACGUUGAUUGGAUCCUUGGGAGGAGCAUUUGGGAGCGUCGGCGGUGUUGGCGGCGGCGGCAUAUUUGUUCCGAUGUUAAUGCUGGUCAUUGGGUUUGAUCCAAAAUCAGCAACCGCCAUUUCAAAAUGUAUGAUCACGGGGGCAGGCAUCUCCACUGUUUACUUCAACUUGAAGCUGAGGCAUCCCACGUUCGAUAUACCCUUAAUUGACUAUAAUCUUGUACUGCUCAUGUUGCCCAUAAUCAUGCUGGGGAUUAGCAUAGGAGUCAGUUUGAGUGUUGUAUUUGCGAAUUGGAUGAUCACUGUUCUGUUGAUCAUUAUCUUCAUAGGUACCUCGAUCAAGGCAUUCUUCAAGGGUGCUGAUACAUGGAAACAGGAAACCAGAGUAAAAAAGUUGCAGGAGACCGCCAAGCUUUUGGAAUCUGCUGAAACGGCCAGUGGGUUAGCAGAGUACAGCUCUCUCCCUUCAGGGCCAGGGGUGGACGUUGAAAGAGCUCAGGUCUCCAUUAUUGACAACAUUUAUUGGAAAGAGUUCGGACUUCUUUGCUUCGUCUGGGUCUCAUACGCUGUCCUGCAGAUUGCCAAGACUCACACAGCUACCUGUUCAGUCACAUUCUGGAUUGUAAACUUUUUACAGGUGCCGGUUUCUUUCGGAGUGUAUCUAUACCAAGCAAUAGGCCUCUAUCAGGGAUGGAGGGCUAUCCCUUCCAAAGGAGACCAAGGCACUCGUUUGCCAUUGCACCAUCUGAUUCUGGCCAUUGUUUGUGCUCUGUGCGCCGGAAUCGUCGGUGGCCUUCUCGGCGUAGGUAGUGGAUUUGUUAUGGGUCCUUUAUUUAUGGAACUAGGAAUCGCCCCUCAGGUAGCCAGUGCCACGGCCACGUUAGGAAUGGCAUUCUCUGCAUCCAUAUCUGUUGUACAGUAUUACCUCUUGAACCGUUUUCCGGUUCCUUACGCUCUGUAUCUGACCACUGUGGCGGCCAUUUCCGCAUACGUAGGGCAAUAUAUCAUUGAUAAGCUGGUUAGAUUAUUUGGAAGGGCGUCUCUGAUUAUCUUUGUUGUGGCCUUCACCAUAUUUGUUAGUACAAUUGCAUUGGGUGGGGUUGGCAUAUCAGACAUGAUUGAGAAGAUUCAGCGGAGUGACUACAUGGGAUUUGACGACUUCUGCAGAUAGAUAAUUGGCUCUGUUUUAGAGCCUUCACCACACGGUUGCUUCUAAAGUUUUAAUGUCGAGUUCCAUAUUAUUCUUGCAGUGAGGAUUUGUUCACCUGGCUGUAUGAUGAUGAAUUUGUGUGGCGAGUCCUCUAAUUUUUGUUACUCUACACAUUAUACAUAAUAUUUCGAUUUUCCUUGUAAUUGCCUUAUUUUCCGUGCGUUGCAAUGAGAUUCUAGUUUUAAUUUUAA